GAACAGUCACGAGAACUUGAAUACGGAAAAUUCAUAACGAAUCAGGGUGAAGGAACUAGGUUAUUUGUCAAAUUUCAUAACAAGUAGCUGUAUGCACAUGUUCCUGGGCAAUCGAUUACUAUUAGAUAUUUCGCUGGUCUUAUUUGCCUACAGUCAACUUCGGUUUCAUGGAACUAACCUGCUGGACUCGGCCAGAUUGAGAAAGAUGUGUAUUGGCACGGUUCGACGGGCCGUUCAAGGUGCCAACACCGCAGUAAAUUUAGCGCUCUGGCCACAUUUGAAUCUUCCUGAACACCCAUGGAGAAGACUCAGGUCUUUUCAGCUCCGACUGCUUGUCGGUGGCUUAGAUUAUUAUCGAUGGAUGCGUUGCGUUGCCAGGGCAAAAAAUCGCUCCUCUCCAUUGGGCAUGGAUUCAUCACAGAAAUGGAAUAUGGAAUGUCGAACAUCUGAUCUUCUUCGUACGCGUUUGAACGGUUCUCCGUAUCUAUAUUAUAGCACAACUCCACCCCACCAACCCCCCUUCCGGCUCCGCGUCAUGAAACCCAGGACUCAAACCCCCCGUCGUCGGGGCGAAUAUCUUCCACGACAACCUGGAGAGCUGAACUCCGCUAUCUAUAUAUGCUGGUGUGACGAAUGUUCUAAUUCAGGGGUGUGUGUUGUGAAACCAGGGGGUGAUGCAAUCUCUGGACGAUAUUUCUACAGCGAAUACGAGCUACGUCAGCACUUGGCCAAUGGUCGAGCAAUAGAUCGUGGUCGUAUCGAUGCUUCGCCUGAACCCUACUCCUUACCAACGAUGUCCUUGUUCACUCAGUCUGAAGCCGCUCUCCCAGAAACUGUGUUUGACCCUCCAAACGUCGUUUCUCCUUCAGUAUCCUAUCCUCUUCCUCCCAGUUCUCUCAGGGAGACUGAAGAACUUGACACUCCCAUCCCUGAGGCGUCGAAGCCCACGACAAACAUAUUAUAUGAAUGGAAAACACUAGAGAACAUUCAACUCCAUCUGCAUGAUCUGAAGGAGAAUCCUCUUCGAUCUUGGAUACCUGCCGACAUUCAAUUUCGAAGUGAUCUGGGUGGAUCCCCCGACUUCAAAGAUUUCAUCUCUUGCCUUCAUGAGGACUCACGCAAUUCAAGCUUUCUGGGACAUGUAGACUGGUUGCGGAACAGCCGAAUGUUCCUUGAUAACACAAUGCCGUUGAAAAAGCUUUCUGCUGCCUUCAGCUGCAAGCAUAAAGUGGUUUGUACCGCUCUUGAAGUGGAACUGGAGUAUUGUAGACGUAAAUUAGAGGUGGAAUGGGACGAACGAUGUCAGAGGGCGGCUGGCGGUCAAGAGUCUGUUCAUUUCACUGAUAUCUCUGUAGGCGAUCUUGAAUCUAGGAAAUCUAUUUUCUUCAUUGUGCUUGUAGUCGCUGCUAUGCUGCACAUCAUCUGCGAUCUUUCGUCCGUUCCGAUUGCGCCUCUCAGGAAACCGAUAUGCACAUACCAAAAGAUAUACGAACCGUUAUUGAUAGACUCGCUCUAAAUCCAACAUACACCACUUAUGUUUGCUGUCCGAAGUGUUUCCAGUUAUACGAUAUCGACAACUAUCCUGAAUUCUGCAGCAAUCGGUCAGCCCCUGCUAGCCCUCCUUGUAACCGUCGACUACGAUCCUCCCUUGGCUCGUCACAGGAUUCUCCACGUCCAACAAACCCAGAUCGCCGGCGUCCAACUUCAGUGAGAUCUUAUCACUAUCAGGAUUUAAAGCAGUGGAUUACCUGGAUGCAUAACCGUCGCGACAUCGCACCACAUCUCGAACGUCCUUAUGAUCCAGAACCACCUGCCGAUGGGAAAGUGAAAGAUAUA